UACGUUCAUUAGGAAAUCCUUUCUCAGCUCUGACAUCGAGUCGUUUUACGAUAAACGCGUUUUCUUUUUUUAACCAAAAGCACUCUGAUCCAAAACUACUUUCUCUCAUCUGAUAACGAACGUAAUAUCAAAAGUUAGCGCCGAGAAUUUUGAUCUCAAUCUUGUGAUUAUUUAAGGCAGUCACUUUUUUACUUCAUUUAGACUUCUUUGAAAGCAAAAGGAGCUUCGCUCAUCGGGGAAUGUUUUUGAUAUGACGAGAGGAAUUUUGUCUUAAAAUAUCCCGCACUUUUCAUUAAUUCUGUCAGUUUUAGACAAGUUAUGCAAACAUUGGUUUGUGAAUGCGCCCGCAAUAUCUGAAGCCCAAAUCAAAACAUUGCAUUUCGUCAAGAGGUCUGCUGGUUGUUUAAGCGCGGCGGGAUAUUUUACGAAAUUUGCCAAUUAAGACCCACUUCACGAGCUGUUUUUGCUUUUAUGAAAUUAUUUUAUUCAUGGUUUAUGUGUAAGUAGGCUUGAGGUCGGCGAAUUUGCGGUGAAUACACGGAAAAUGGCGGAGAACUUCCUGAAAACAGGGUGUAUUUCGAUGCAAAUCAACCGAGCUGAGCUUCAGAAGGUUCGAGUAAAGCUCUCCCGGGAUGCUUUGACCAUUCAAAAGGAAGGAACUAGCAGUGUAUCCCCUUCUUCUUCUUCUCCAGUAAACCAGCCUGAGAGCACAAAUGGCAAAGCUGAGUCCUUGUCAUGGAAGAGAUCCCCAUCCACUAGCACAAAUGGUGAAGCUUCUUCUCCAACUCAAAAGAAGCCAGCACCCCCCCUUGGGGAAAGAACAGUAAAGCUCACCAAGAGAAAAGUCGGGGGACUGGGAAUGAGCAUUAAGGGAGGACGAGAGAGUAACCUACCAAUAGCUAUUUCAAAAAUAUACAAAGAUCAAGCAGCUUAUGAAACAAGUCAACUUCAUGAAGGGGAUAUUAUACUUGAGGUUAAUGGACAAGACAUAAGAAGAGCCACACAUGAUGAGGCAGUGGCUGUUCUUAAGAAGGGAGGUUCAGAGAUUGAAUUAACUGUGAUUCACUCUUCUUCUACAAACGGAAUUGUUAGAAGUGUUGAAGAGUCCUCAAGUGAUGCUGAAUGUAGAGAAAACAGCAGUCAAAAGGUGAUACACAUGGGUUGGAUAUGGGAAAGACUGAGGUCUACAAAUCACUGGAACGUCUGGAAGAGAAAGUUUUUAACAGUUAAAGGCUCAGAACUCCAAGUAUUUGAAAUGCCCCCCGUCGCUACAAGAGACUGGCUCAAAAGUGAAGUAUCCCACAACUUGAUGGAAUUAGUUUGUCAUAUAUGUAAGGAGGAUGAACAACUGGACAAGAGAGAACACUGUUUUACUGUCCAGUCAUACUCUGGUGUCAGUCAUUAUCUUGCAGUUGACACAGAAGCAGAUAUGACAGAGAUUGUCAACCGUGUACAGGAGGCCACUCAUCAAGCUGUUGUACAGAUUGAGUCUCGAUCAUUCCCAGGAAAGUGGCGUGGACAGAGUGUGAAGCUUGUGUUUGACCUGAAAAGAGGCCUGCGACUGUACAGUGGAACAGAUCGGUCUCUUCUGUGGCAGUACCGCUUCUCGUUUCUUCGUGGCUCUUCAGAUGAUGGAGCUCGAAAGAUUGUUUUGCUGUUUUCUCAGUCACCUGCUGGUCCCUUUGAUCGACAGGAAUUGGAGUUCACUAAUAUGCAGCAGGUUUUGACAGUGAUGCAUGCAUUCUAUGCUGCCAAAGUUGCACAAGUUGAUCCAAACUUCUCUUUUGAAAACAGUGUUUGAGUGACAUGCUCUCCAGAGAUGAAUUCCAAAAAAAUUACACUUCAGUAUAUUGAUGGCUCAAUUUUGUGACAAGAACUGACUUUGUUCCUAGCAUAUUAUCACUUUAGAAAAUGACAAAGACUAUUUUAAUUUAGUACCAUUUUCAUCAGCUUAGGAACCUAAUCUUCCUUGUUUUUGGAUGGGGUAGACAAAUGUAAGCUGUACCUUGCUACUGUUUAAAUAUCUAUACUGUCAAAUAUCUAUACUGUCAAAUAUCUAUACUGUCAAAUAUCUAUACUGUCAAAUAUCUAUACUGUCAAAUAUCUAUACUGUCAAAGUCUCUGCAAACCCCCAUUAGAAGGAAUUUAGGUAGUGUUAAUUAUUUUCAAGCCUUUUAAACCCAGGAAGGCAAAUUUAUCUGCAAAGCUUUUUUUUAUUUAUUUUAGAUUAAUUUAAACCCUGUGGAUUGAUAAUUCCAAUUAAAUUUUUGUUAUUGUUAUCUUGUGAUUAUUAUGUUAUGUUUGGGAGCCUUUAUGACAAUUUAGAAUCACUCAAGCUUAAUGUCCAAGCUAAUAAGAUCACUCUGUAUUUUUCUACAAUUAAAUUUUCACUUUUACAUGAAGAUUACUUAAAACAAAGUUACCUGCAUUGUGUAAAAAGCAACUAGAAUCAAAUUAUUCAUUACUGGUCAGAGAAAACAUAAGGUGAGUGAAAAAAUAACAAACAUGUUACUUUACCAGCAAGUUUAGAGCUAUUGAACUUAAAGAGAUAAAAUAGUUUGAAUGAUGUCACAGUAAUUUUCCAUAAAGAUCUAAUAACUUGCUCAGAGGGAAAACAUUCAAUUUAUUCCUGGGUAUGUGACAGGAUCAAUCAUAACUGGAGACCCUGUUGAUAUUGCCAGUUUGGAUUAAUCUUGUCAAAUUGUGAUAACAUUCUGUUUAUGAGUAAAAUCUUCUUCACUCAUCAGAUGUUUCAGGCAGGUGUGUUCUGUUGUGAUGUUAAGACAAUGUUUUGGGGAAUUAAUGAGCACUGACUAAUAUUAAAAUGUGAUUGGUUUAUUGAUAUUAACAAUUAUAUUCUAGUAAAAAGUAUUUACAAGGAAUUUAUUUCAAAAUUUAUGUAAAUAAAUAUAUCAAAUACAAUAAAGUAUGUUUUUCAUAAAGCUA